GGGUUAAGCCAACCACAGACGGAGCAUACUUGUAUGCGGCGACAACUGACAGCUCCCGUUUUUCUUGGAAUUUCUUUUGUUCUUGGCGAGGCGUCGCUCGUGUAGCUGUAGCUAUCGUGUGGGACCCCCAAGGCGUUUGCCACAGACGCAGCCGUCAACUAUUUGUCAAACGAAGAUUCGUUGUGUUUAUAAUUGAAUUCAUGGGUUCGAUUAUGGUAUCGUAAAUAAUGUUCGAUUUGUUCAUUUCAAAUUUUAAAAUAUCAAUAUUUGUGUUAUAAAUUAUUAGUAAAAUAAAGUUUAACACAUUCAGCACAAUUAAAUCGGGAAUGAAACAUUCUUAUGUAACUAAAAACCAACAUUAAUAGGUGUACAGAGUAUACAGCAUGAUUCCGCAUUACGCAGUAUUCGAUAAAUACAGGACUUGUUUACUUUUAUUAUGCGAAGUUAAUAGUUAUGUGUUAAACACGCUAAAAAAUAUUUAUGUUUUUUUGUUCGAACUUUAUUAUUGUGUAGAAAACUCGAAGUUCGGGGAAAACCAUAUAACGCGAUUUAACAAUUAACAAUACAUUUUAACAGAAUACAGUGGGAGCUGUUGCUUAGAGUGGAACGCCAAUGUUUAUUGUGUACUGUAGUAUUUCACAAGUUGUCCUUGUUGUGCAUUGUUUUCAGUAAAGAAAGUAAAGUUCGGACAUGGAUAUGGAAACAGAGGAAGUAAUCCCUGCCAUUGCUGCAGAAGUAGCUACGCUAGCUCUACUAUUGAUAGAAGAGCAGGAGGAGGAGGAAGAAUCGCGAUCAGAAAAUGGCCGGAUCUGGGUUACGGAUUUGUUUUUGGAAAGGGAAGAUGUGUGGAACCGAUUGUUCCAGGCAAUCGAUGGAGAAGGUGCCAACAACCGGAUGAACGAUUUUCUGCGACUCAAUCGGGAGGAGUUCCAUCAUGUUUUGUCUUUAAUCGGUCCAAAAAUAUGCAAAGUAGAUACAACAAUGCGUAAAGCAAUAACUACAAAGCAACGGCUUGCCAUCGCGCUUCGCUUUUUGGCCUCUGGGGACUCAUAUGAAUCGCUAUCCUUUAUGUUUAGGGUCUCAAGUUCAUCUGUAUCCCGGAUCGUGCAGGAAGUUUGUGAUCAUAUAAUACACGAGCUAAAGGAAUAUGUGAAGCUGCCUUCCAAUAAAUCAGAAUGGUUGAAGAUUUCAAAGGGAUUCGAAGAACAAUGGAAUUUCCCGCAUGUCAAUGGUGCAAUCGACGGUAAACAUGUUCCUUUAAGAGCACCAGCGAAUUCCGGAAGCCAGUUUUACAAUUACAAACACAAUUUUAGUAUUGUGUUGUUAGCAAUAGCGGACUCAAAUUACAACUUUCUUUUCGCUGACGUCGGUUGCCAGGGGAGAAUAUCGGAUGGCGGUGUUUUAGCAAACAGCCCAAUAUACCCAAAACUGGAACGCAAGGAGUUAAAUAUUCCCGAUCCGGAAAUUCUACAAGUUCCCUAUAAGAUCGAAGUGCCAUUCUACUUUCUAGGGGACCAAGCGUUUGCCAUGAAAGAGUACUGUCUGCGGCCAUUUGGAGGCAUGCAUGCUGCAGAUUCAAUGGAACGCCAUUUCAACUAUAGACAUUCUCGAGCACGACGUACAGUAGAAAACGCAUUCGGUAUCUUAGCUCGAGUAUUCCGGGUUUUAGCUAAGCCUAUGGAUUUGGAACCUCGAAUUGCAGAAAAAGUUGUUCUUGCAGCUAUAUGUCUGCACAACUUUAGACGACGACACUUAUUGUACAACUAUUCACAUACACUACUCCCACGCACUACAAAUCAAGACAAUACAUGUCUAAACUCCGAAGAGUACGACGAUGUAUCAGCACCAGCUUCAAUGCUGCCUAUCCCGGGCGUUCCAAUAAGGCCGACCAGGGCAUUGCAAAACAUGCGAAAACAUUUAGCACGGCACCUAAUGUUAAAUAAUCCACUGCCCUAUCAUCUGCCGCAACCCCAGAGAGCUACACAAUAAAAUUGUUAAAAAAUUGAA